CCUGAUUGUCCUGACGGCAAACAUGUUCCUCGGAUUUGGCGUUAGCCUUAUAUUAGGUAGUUUAUGUUACGUGGACUGUUUGACAUGUCUUCAAUGCUUAAACAUCGAGAGUCCUCGACAUUGCAGACAUGUGAAGGAAUGCUCGCCGAGCGAGGUCUGUUAUGUCAACCAAAAAGUGGAUGAAUACGGAGAUGUUCUCUUUGACAUUGGAUGCAAAAACGCAUCGAGGUGUUCGAAUAGUUCCCAUGGCAGCCACGCCUGUGACUAUUGCUGUAAUGGCAGUCUGUGCAACGCAGCAGGAUGUGGUCAACCUGGAUACCCUUCCAAUCGGGGUCCAAUAUGCUACAGUUGUUCAACACACACCAACCAAGGAUCUUGUCAAAAAAUCGACUUCUGUGACAGCAACGAGGUGUGCAUGGUCCAAAAGAACUUGAAUUUGGCGAACGUGUGCACACAUCCAAGUGUGUUGUGUUAGAG